AUGGAGAAUCACGUGUCUGGGCAAAGCAACAAGUCCAUGAGCAAGCCCGCUCAUGCCUUGGACCGCGACGCACUCGUCCAAGAACUCGGGGCUGACGCCGAGAAUGGCUUUUCGAAGGCGCAAGCCAGCGAGAAGCUGGCCGAGUUUGGUCGCAACGAACUCGACGAUGGACCUGGCGUCCAGCCGAUUAAAAUCCUCAUCCGCCAGGUUGCCAAUGCCAUGAUGCUGGUGCUUAUCAUGGCCAUGGUCGUCUCCUUCGCCAUCAAAUCAUGGAUUGAGGGGGGUGUUGUUGCAGCUGUCAUUGCGCUCAACAUCAUCGUUGGUUUCUUGCAGGAGUUCCAAGCUGAGAAGACUAUGGACUCCCUUCGAUCACUCAGCUCCCCGACGGCCAAUGUUGUCCGUGAUGGAAGCACCAUCAAUGUCCCCACCGCCGAACUUGUGGUCGGUGAUCUUGUCGAGCUGAAGGUUGGAGAUACCGUGCCAGCUGAUCUCAGAAUCUAUGACUCGAUCAACCUUGAGACAGACGAGGCCUUGCUGACCGGUGAAUCGCUCCCUGUGGCUAAAGACGAAGAAGCUGUCUUCGAUGAGGACACAGGACCCGGUGAUCGAUUGAACGUGGCUUACAGCUCGUCUACCGUGACCAAAGGUCGCGCCCGCGGAAUUGUCUACGCCACAGGCAUGUAUACCGAGAUCGGUUCUAUUGCCCAGAGUCUGCGCCAGGAAAAAUCCCGCCGCCGACCUGUCAAGCGCAAGGAGGACGGCACUGCAUCUCCUCUGCGACACGCGCAGGCUUGGACCCUGACUAUUGGCGAUUUCAUUGGUCAUUUCCUCGGCGUUAAUGUCGGUACUCCUCUGCAAAGAAAGCUGUCACGAUUAGCAAUGCUGCUGUUCGGUAUCGCAAUUGUCUGCGCAAUUAUUGUGCUGGCCGCCAACGAGUUCUCCAAUCGCUCUGAAGUCAUCAUUUAUGCUGUUGCUACUGGUCUCAGCAUGAUUCCCGCCUCGCUCAUUGUGGUCCUGACCAUCACCAUGGCCGUCGGAACCAAGCAUAUGGUACAGAGGAAUGUCAUCGUUCGCAAUCUCAAGUCCCUGGAAGCUCUUGGUGCUGUAACUGACAUCUGCUCGGACAAGACUGGCACACUCACACAAGGAAAGAUGGUUGCCAAAAAAGCAUGGAUCCCCAGCCGCGGCACCUACUCUGUCGGCAUCUCGAACAACCCAUGUGACCCCACAGCCGGCAGCCUGGCUCACUCUACUGAAGUCCCUGUCAAAGGCCUGCCUGAGAGCGAGUCUCUUGAUGAUGACGAGACCACACCAGCUGUGACCUUGUUAGAAAACAACGAAGACCUCGAGGCCUUCCUCGCCGUUGCUGGUCUUUGCAACGUUGCUAGGGUUCACAAGAACAACGAAGGCGAGUGGACUGCUCUCGGUGACCCCACUGAGAUCGCUCUUCAAGUCUUUGCCUCUCGCUUUGAUCGCAAUCGUCACGGUCUCGUCGAGGGAGAAGGUGCUAAAUGGAAGCAAGUCAGCGAGUAUCCCUUCGAUUCCGAUGUCAAGAAAAUGUCAGUUAUUUUCGAGGACCGCAAAACCCAAGAACAGAUGAUCUACACCAAGGGCGCCGUCGAAAGAGUCAUUGACUCCUGCAUCUCGGUGGUAUGGGAAGGCGGCGAAACUGUCGACUUCACUGCGGAUAGAAAGGAAAAGAUUGUCGAGGUCAUGGAGGCGCUCGCUUCUCAAGGUCUUCGUGUCCUCGCUAUGGCCAGCCGCGACUACGAUCCCCGCAGCGGCCGCCGCGCGUCGCGUGACGGCCCUCCUCCCAGAGACAGCAUUGAGCGGGACCUGACCUUCCGCGGUCUUGUCGGUCUCUACGAUCCCCCACGUCCUGAAUCUGCCGAAGCUGUGAAGCGAUGCCAUCGCGCAGGUAUCAAAGUGCACAUGCUGACUGGUGACCAUCCUGGCACUGCUAGCGCUAUCGCGAAGCAAGUGUACAUUCUCCCUGAUAUGAACAAGGUCUCGGCUAGCGUUGCAAAAGCAAUGGUUAUGACGGCCAAAGAGUUCGACAAGCACACCGACGAAGAGCUCGAUCAGCUUCCUGUUCUGCCUCUCGUUAUCGCUCGAUGUGCUCCCAACACGAAGGUCCGCAUGAUUGAAGCCCUUCGCCGCCGAGAUGCCUUCAUGGCCAUGACUGGCGACGGAGUCAAUGAUUCUCCUUCUCUGAAGAUCGCCGACGUCGGUAUCGCCAUGGGCAUGGCGGGCUCAGACGUCGCCAAAGACGCUGCCGAUAUUGUCCUGACCGAUGACAACUUCGCCUCCAUCCUGAACGCCAUCGAAGAAGGCCGUCGUAUGUUCGACAACAUCCAGAAAUUCAUCCUGCAUCUUCUUGCCGAAAACAUCGCCCAGGCCUGCACACUGCUCAUCGGUCUGGCCUUCAAAGACAGCACUGGACUGUCAGUGUUCCCUCUCGCGCCUGUCCAGAUUAUGUGGGUCAUUAUGAUCACUUCCGGCAUGCCUGACAUGGGUCUGGGCCUGGAAAUUGCCGCCCCUGAUAUCCUCGAGCGACCACCAAUGCCACUCAAAGUCGGAGUGUUCACUUGGGAAGUUUGCUGCGACAUGCUCGUCUAUGGCCUCUGGAUGGCCUCGCUCUGCCUGUCCUCCUUCUUGCUCGUCGUCUACGGCUUCGGCGACGGCAACCUCGGCGAAGGCUGCAACACCUCAUACUCAGCCGCCUGCGACACUGUCUUCCGCGCCCGGGCCACCACCUUUGUCUCCCUCACCUGGUUCGCACUCUUCCUCGCCUGGGAAAUGAUCAACAUGCGCCGCAGCUUCUUCCGCAUGCAGCCCGGCAGCAAGAAGUACUUUACCCAGUGGAUGUACGACGUGUGGCGCAACCCCUUUCUGUUCUGGGCCGUCAUCGCUGGCUUCGUCACCAUCUUCCCAACCCUGUACAUUCCCGUCCUCAACCACGACGUCUUCAAACACACCGGCAUCUCCUGGGAAUGGGGAAUCGUCUUCGUGGAAGCGAUCCUCUUCUUCGCUGGCAUCGAGGCCUGGAAGUGGGGCAAGCGCGUCUUUUUCCGUCGCCGCGCUCGCGAAAUGGGGCAGACUAGUGAUGAUCUGGAAAAGAGAGCGUAUGGUGAGUUUAUCACGGAUGGAAGUGAGAAUAGUAGUGAGGCGGAAGUGCCGGCGAAGAAUAACGAGAAGGCGGGUAGUGCUUGA